CUUCUGAAUAGUAUUAGUCUCCCUUAGCUAAAUGUCAGAUUAUGGAGACAUCUUGACGCUUGUCUGUAUUCAUCUCAUCUCCCAGGUAAUCAUCUGAGCUAGCGAGUGUAAUAAGAAUAAAUAGAGGCACGUGGCAAAAAUGGACUCCGGAAAAUUACAGAAAUGCUGGCAUGCCUUCAUUUCUUAUGAAGGCUAAUGGCCUCAAAUGAUUAAGGGUGAUAUGCAGAUCUUCAUGAAGACCCUGACCUGCAAGACCAUCACCCUGGAGGUGGAACCCAGUGACACCGAGAAUGUGAAGGCCAAGAUCCAGGAUAAAGCAGGCAUCCCCCCUGACCAGCAGAGGCUCCUCUUUGCAGGCAAACAGAUGGAAGAUGGCCGCACUCUUUCUGAUUACAACAUCCAGAAAGAGUCGACCCUGCACCUGGUCCUCUGUCUGAGAGGCGGCUGUUAAUUAUUCAGUCUUGCAUUCAUAAUGCCCAGUGAUGGCAUCAUUCUGCACUCUAGCCAUUUGCCCCAAUUUAAGAUUAGAAAUGACCAGUUUCAGUAAUAGCUGAACCUGUUCAAAAUGUUAAUGUUUUUCUUCCUUCCUUCCUUCCUUCCUUCCUUCUUCCUUCCUUCCCUCUUC